CCGGGCGCGCGACUCGGACGUCAGGGGACGCCGCGCCGCUGCCCGGCCGCGGCCAUGCCCAAGCGGGGCUGCCCCUUCGCGGACGCGGCCCCGCUGCAGCUCAAGGUCCGCGUCGGCGUGCGGGAGCUGAGCCGCGGCGUGUGCUCCGAGCGCUACUCGCGGGCCAUCUUCGAGAAGACCCAGCGGCUCCUGUUUCGCGGCGCCCAGGCCGGUGCGGACCACGCGUGGGAGGACAGCUGCGCCGUGGUGGACCUGCCCGAAUCCCCAGAGCCCGGCCCCACCAGGACCCCGCGCGCCUCGCGCGGGCAGCUGCUGAUCGGACCCGACGGGCGGCUGACCAGGCGCCCCGCGCAGGCCGCGGACACGGACCCCCUGGGUGCCGGGUCCGGGGGCUGCGCCUCCUGCGUGCACGCCCUGGUCGGGAAGGCGGUGUGCGGGCAGUGCGAGCGCGCCCUGUGUGCCAGCUGCGUGCGCACCUGUGCCAGCUGCGGAGCGCCCACCUGCGCCCUCUGCGCCCUCGUGGAUGGCGGUGACGUCCCCGAGAAGCUGCUGUGUGCCAGUUGCGUCAUGUUCGAAGGCUGAGCCGCGACGUGCCGUGGGCGGGGGGCGUCUAUUUUAUGUUUUGUGCUUCUGAGUGCGGGAAAAUAAACAUG